AAUCACUGCUGCUCUUCUUCUCCAUCUUCUUCCUUCUUCCUUCGGUUUCCGCUUUCAUUUCCACUUCAGAUUCCAUUGCGUGCGUGCUCACUUGCGCAGAGACGAUGAAGAGAUCUUCCUCUUCUUCAUUAUCUUCCACUUCUGCAUCGGCUAGCCUGAAGAAGCCCUCUGCAGCGCCGAAAGGAGCAGCCUUGGGGCUGAGGAAGAAGCCGGCGAAUGCUCGCAGCCCUCUUCAGCAGCUCAACGGCGUCCUUUCCUGUAGCAGUGGCACCAAUGCCUCUUGUUCUUCUUCCACUUCCACCUCAAUCGAAGCUCCCAGGGGCUGUCUCAGGUUCUUUCUCCCUCACUCCUCUUCUGCAAAGACAAAAGCCCCUCUUAGUAACAGAAAUGGACCUCUCCCCGGAACCCCCAAGUCAGCUGUUGCUACGGAACCCAAGAAAAACACAAACCCGUCAAUGCGAGGCAGAAAGUCGAAGGCUUGUUCGGGUUCGGGCAAUGUCGUGGCCGAGACAUUGAAGAAAAACCAAGGCUUUGAGCUCGCGGAGCUCGACUUAUCCGGCGACAGCGGUACAAAUUGUACUCCUGUUAGUAAGAUUCCUAGUGGAUCAAGGUUAGAGUUAGGGCUGCAGUGUAGAGCCGAUGAGAAUAGUAAUAGCAACGAAACUAGAAUGAAGACUCCCCCGAUCGAAGCUUCUGCGUCGCCUGAGAUACAAGGCUGCGGUUUAAAUGUGCUCUCGACGGUGAAAAUGGAAUCAGGGGCAGCCUUACUUCAGCCUUGUUACGGGGCGGGCCAUGUCCUUUCUGGAAUUGCUGACAAGAGGAAGUGUAAACCGAGGGGCAUCCUAACUAUGAGAGACAAUGAUUCGGAAUUUAACUUGGACGUUUUGGAGAAUGCCAAUGCUAAUGAUGACGAUGGGAGUAGCGCUGUUGGGGUCUGCAAGAGUUCACGUCUCUACCUGGUCCCUCUCCCCGGUGAAGCUUCGAUUCAGUGGUUAUCUCCUUGCCAUGACAGGGGUGAGGAGGACCAGAAGAAGAAGUCCCCAGAUCAGAGACUAGAAGGAUCGGUUUCUAUGUCUCUUUGUUCUUCUUCGCCCUCUUUAUCGGGUACUGGGUUUUCUUCUGAUGUGUUCUAUAAGAGUAGUCUGACUAGUAGUGCUACUGAUGCUAGUAGUGGCAAUAGCAGAAGGGGGAGUUCAGCUCUGAGACGUUCUUCACGAGGCCGCCUCCUCGAUUUCAAAGGAUUUGGGGGGCCCAUGUACGAGGUGUCAUCUCCAAGUCACAUGACACAGAUCUUCUCCACUUCCACUUCAAAGGAGGGGGGAAAGAGCAGUUUUUAUGUCGAUCGAGAUGAUACUCCAUUCUCCACUGGCUCGCUUGGAAGUGGAAAUGUUAUCCAAACCCCGAACUCUGACCCAGCAUCAAAAAAUCCAUCGGAGAAUCUGUUGGAUUCUGAAAUGAACUUGAUAGGUCAAGCCUUUGGCAAGGUGACCUUGUCUCCCGAGCAUCAUCUGUCGACAUGGGACCCAGCCGAUUUGAGUUUUCGGCUUGAUUAUCUAAACACUCCAUGCAAUUCCAUCGAUCUAGCACAAGUUCAAAAGGUUGUAGACAGCAAAGCUGCUUCGUGGGUUUCCAACACUACGUCAGAUUUCAUACCAUCACAGGAUCCUCUAAGGAUUUCAUGGAGGGAUGGUCUAGUCAGUCGGAUCUUUGAGAUGGACGAAUACGAUUGCUGCAGAUGCUUCUCAGACGAAGAGGGGGAAGGCUUUAAUGUAAAGCCAAGUAAUACUCCUGGGCGGAUCAGUGGAAUCAGGGAUAAUAUGAAACUUGAAACAGAUCAAGAGUUAGAAGUGAAUUCUCAUAUGCAAAGUAUGUAUUUGGAAUCCUUAAGCUCAGAUGGAGAUCGCUUGAUUGCUUCGGAGGAUUCCAAUUGGAACUUCUGCUGCAAAAACCAUUUGUUUGCUGCAUAAUUCAUCAUUUUUCAUUUGUUGUAUUGCAUGAUCCUGCUGGUAGUUAGUCCCAAUGAACUCAAAAUAGCGGCAGUUCCUUGUUAUUUCUUGCCCUGUUGUCUUGUGUAACUCUUGGAAGGUCCCUUCUUCCGAAGCUCAUUCUUCUUUCAA